ACGACGACCGCUCCGGAGUGAAGACCAGCCAUCACUCAGCCCACGCCGCCCUAAGCCCGCCAGAUUAAGGAAAUAGUUCAAUUUUUUCCCAUUUUUACACCUCGUACCACACACACGACGCCGCCGCCAUGAGUAAGGCACACCCCCCAGAGUUGAAGAAGUACAUGGACAAGCGUGUGAUGGUGAAGCUGAAUGGCGGCCGUGUGGUGGAGGGCACGCUCCGAGGCUUUGACCCGUUCAUGAACCUGGUGGUGGACGAGGGUGUGGAGGUGCGCAAGGCCAGCGAGCGGGUGCGGAUUGGUGUGUGUGUAAUCAGAGGCAGCAGUAUCAUCAUGUUGGAAGCACUCGACCGCAUCUCCUAGUCUCCACACACACACACACACACACACACACACACACCUGGGCAUAUGUAUGUUUAAGUAUAUAAUUUUUUUUUUAUAAUGAAUAGUUUUUGUAUAUUUGUAUUUUCAUUGUUUCUUUUUUUCUUCAUUAUUAAAAAGACUUGACUAUUUACCAGUUAUUAUUAUUAUUUAUAGUCAGUCAGUCUAUAAAUUUUCUAAACGAAUUCAAUUAAUUUAUUUUUUUGUUCCUUAUUUGUGGUCGUUUAAAUACAAGAGCAAUUAUAUUAUUUAGUUUCCUUUGUCUGUCUGUCAGUCAUCAAUUUCAGACACCAGUGGGGAUGGUUUCUGAAGACUUGUACCUGUGCUCUGCUCCAAUAAUGUUUUCUGAAUAAUAAAUCUUGUACAAGGCA